AUGACCCUAAAGAACGGGAAGGAAAUUCUGGAGCCUGAACCUAGGAUCCCUAAAGACAAGGAUGAGGAAAAAAUCGAAAAUGAGCUUGAGAGGGAGGACAGCAAUGGUGCAGAUCCACAGGUACUUCCAGACCCAGUAAUUACAGUUAAAACUAACCCGCCUCCUUUCCCUAGCAGGUUGAAAAAAUCGAAAAAGCAGGAUAAGGAGAAGGAGAUCCUGGAGGUGUUUUGCAAGGUAGAAAUAAAUAUCCCUCUGUUAGACGCAAUCAAACAAGUGCCGAAGUAUGACAAGUUUCUAAGGGACUUGUGUGUCAACCGAAGGCGGUUGAGGGGAGAUGAAAGGAUCAUUGUUGGGGAGAAUGUGUCAGCGGUCCUGCAGAGAAAGCUUCCACCAAAGUGCGGAGACUCAGGUAUGUUUACUAUUCCCUGUAGGAUAGGCAACACUGUGAUUAGAAGGGCAAUGUUGGAUCUGAGAGUAUCAAUUAAUGUCAUGCCUAAAUCUAUCUAUGCCUUUUUGAAACUAGAUCCAUUAAAAGAAACUGGGAUAAUCAUUCAAUUAGCUGACCGAACUAAUGCAUAUCCUGAUAGGUUGGUUGAAGAUGUGUUGGUAAAAGUUAAUGAUUUAGUGUUUCCAACUGAUUUUUAUAUACUUGAUAUGGAUGAUGACCACUCCUCCAAUCCCUCACCUUUGUUAUUGAGUAGACCCUUUAUGAGCACUGUACAAACAAAAAUUAAUGUUAAUAAAGGUACCUUGUCCAUGGAGUUUGAUGGGGAAAUUGUCCAGUUUAAUAUCUUUGAUACUAUGAAAUAUCCCUCAAACUCCAACUUUAGCUCAGUUUUCUCUGUGAGUACUAUUGACCCUGCGGUGCAGGAAGUGUUUGAAACUGUUGGCAGGGAUGAGUUGGAGGUGGCUUUAACCAAGCACCUCGAGUUGGAGACAACUCCUGAGGUGGAGUGGAGUGAAGAUUUAAAAUGCACGAUAGGGGCAUUACACUCAUUGCCAAUCUCCACAAAAAGGUAUGAAGUUUCACCAGUAUUCACCCCCGAACCUCACCAAAGGGUAUUACCAUCGAUGAUGCAGGCACCCGUAUUGGAGUUGAAACCCCUGCCGGAGCAUUUGAAAUAUGCGUAUCUGGGCGACAAUGAAACACUUCCGAUAUUUUUAGAUAGCAAUUGUAUCAGAGGAUCAAGAGAAGACAACCUUCACGUGCCCGUUCGGGACCUUCGAGUACAGACGGAUGCCAUUCGAGUUGUGGAAUGCACCUGCAACAUUCUAGAGGUGUAUGAUAACCUGAAAUUGAUUUUAUUAAGAUGUAUUGAAACUAAUCUCGUGCUUAACUGGAAAAAAUGUCAUUUUAUGGUUGAGCACGGGAUAGUCUUGGAUCAUAUUGUAUCUUCUAAAGAUAUCGAGGUCGACAAGGCUAAAAUAGACAUUAUAUCUGCCUUUUCUUACCCCGCGAGUGUGCGGGAGGUGCGCUCUUUUGUUGGACAUGCAGGUUUUUAUCGAAGGUUUAUCAAGAAUUUUUCAAAAAUUGGAGCCCCGUUGUUCCAACUCUUACAAAAAGAUGUGACUUUCGAAUUCGAUGACAAAUAUGAGAAAGUCUUCGACAAGUUGAAAGAACUACUGACCUCACCCCCGAUCGUCCAGCCCCCCGAUUGGAGUUUGCCAUUUGAAAUCAUGUGCGAUACCAGUGAUCAUGCUGUAGGGGCUGUAUUGGGGCAAAGAAUAGGAAAGGUAGCUCGCAUCAUCUACUAUGCAUCCCGAGUCCUGAAUGGGGUCCAAUUGAAUUAUUCCACAACUGAGAAGGAGCUUCUUGCAGUUAUUUUUGCUUUAGAAAAAUUCAGGUCAUAUUUGUUAGGUGUUAAAGAAAUUGUAUUUUCUGAUCAUGCAGCAUUAAGGUACCUAAUGACCAAAAAAGAUGCAAAAUCGAGGCUCAUCAGGUGGAUAUUGUUACUACAGGAAUUUGACCUGGAGAUAAGGGAUAAAAAAGGUUCAGAGAAUCUAGUAGCCGAUCAUUUGAGUCGCAUACCAGUUGGGGAGGAGAACGAACCAUUGAAGGAUGCAUUCCCUGAAGAACAUUCAUUUUCUUUAAAUUCUCAGCUGCCUUGGUAUGCUGAUUUAGUCAAUUAUCUAGUAACGGGUAAUUUUCCUGCAGGGUGA